AGGUUGGGCGGCCAGCACUGUGGUGUGCGUGUCUCAAGAGCAGCUGCCCAUCGGGCCUCUGCUGGCCUGGCAGCUCCAAGAUGCAAGACCGGCAGCAGCUGGAGGAAGAGCCUUUGAGUGACUUCCAGGCGGAAGCAGCCAAGGCUUCCCUCCGAGUGGCACCUGAGAGGCUGAGUGAUGACAGUUUGGAAUGGAUACGGAUGUCCCCUGACCUUCUCCUGCCGGGUGGGAAAACCAGCAACUCCCUGCCCGGUGAGGGUGGUUCCACCUGCACCACCCGGUGUCCUGACCCUGGGGAACACAGCAGCACCUGGGGGGAGUUUGAAGGCUUUCGGGAAUCUUCAGCUAAGUCCGGACAAUUCUCGAAGUCCCUGGAACUCCUGGAGGGACCCACAGAACUCCAGCCACCGAGAACCACUUCUGCCCCAAAGGAGUGCAGUUCUCACCAGCCGUGCCAGGGUGGACCUUGGGUGACAGGAACUGCUGCUAUCCCACCUUCUGAGCCCAUUCUCAGCAAUGAGAACAUUUUAAAGUGUGCUUUUCAAGAAAUAACAGUUCAGCAGGCAGCUGAAGACAUUUCCACCCUAGACCAUUUCCUAGAAAUAAGCAGUGAGGAAAAGCCUGGCCUUGAAUGUGUGCAUAAAUUGUGUAAUGAAUCUAGAAAACUCUGGAGAGUCCUUCAGAACACACACACGUCUGCUUCUCAGUGCCUCUGGAGCGAAUCUCAUUGCCAGGAGAAUUUUUUUCUCGUUCUCGGGAUAGACGCCAUGCAGAAGGACCUUUCUGGAGGCCAGGGCCACAUCAUGGACGAUUCUGACCUCAAAGAGCCUGAAGGACUCCUGAAUGUCAGCAGCUUCCGCCUCCACCAUUGCAAAGCCCUGAUCCAGACCAAGCUCUCGGGGCCGCCUCACAGCAGGCAGGGGAGCCUGAUGGCCUGCAGCCGCUUCCUGAAGACCCCCUUCUGUGGAGGUGGGCAGCACUUCACUCUUCCACGGAAAAAGAUGUUCACGCCACGCAACCUAAAACUGACAUUCUUUAAUAGCGAUAUUUGCUAAAAUCAGGAGUACUUUAUACCUUUAUGAGGAAUUUUUCAUUUUCUUCCUGGCUGGGUUUGAUGCUGGAAACCAGAACUGUCUGUGGAGCGGUUUUCCAGAUCCCAGGCCCAUUUCCCGGAAUCUGUCCAACGGGACCUGUCCUGUGCUCUGGGCCCGUCUCAGGUCUCACCGGUAGACAGAGGGUGUGUCCUUGGCAGAGCCAGUUCUCAUGGUAGGCAGAGGUUUCUGGGCACAAUGGCAGGCUGCCGGCACCCAGGUGACACCCAGGGGUCCCCUACCCCAUGUGAAUGCUGCUGGCACCUGCUGGGGGGUGCCUAGGGAUGGACCCUGGGCAUGGGUUCUGGGCUGCCUAGCCCAGGGGAAACAACUCAUGGUCAAAGGGGAAGGCGCUGAAAUGUCACCAGAGGGACAGCUGUUGAGAGUGCUGAGAGGCUAGGCAUGGUGACACGCCUGUCAUCCCAGCACUUUGGGAGGCCGAGGCGGGCAGAUCAGCUAAGGUCAGGAGUUUGAAACCAGCCUGAUCAACAU